CAGAGAUUUGGAGGUUAGAAGUGACUGAAAAGAAGAACUCUUCUCCACUUCUAGCACUAGUUGGGUGACUUGCUUGUGUUUGUUCCCACAGCACCUUUUUAUUCAGAGUCAAAUACUCGAUGGAGCUGGAAAAAGCCUUUAAUUGUAAGGUCUUUUCUGCAGUCCCAGAACGUGUCAAAGUACUUGGAGAUCUUUAAAACAACACCAGUUACAGGAAAAAUGUUAGCACUGAAAAGUGGCUUUUCCACUGACCAUGUCACUGGACCGUUUGCACUCUGCAGUGGUCUUGCCCUCAGGAGAGGAGCUUAAACAUUGCACUGAUUGUGUUCCUAGGAUUUGGACCCGUGACCCUGAAGGUCAUGUCAAAUUCCAGACCACUUGAUUUUAUAAAAAAACAUAUAACUUUAAAUGAUGACAUAUAAAAUGUCUUUGUGUUCUCCUUUGUGUCACACACACAGUAUAAAAGGAUCCUUUUUCUUUCUCAGGCUUAAGAGCACCCCUGUUUAUUUUUUCCUCUCCACUUUUCCUUGAAUCAUUUCCAUUAUGAGAGCAAUUGAUGCCUUUUUUUUUCCUGUAGUAGGCUGCUCUACUAACAGUUUAUUCAGUUCAUUAGCACAAUUGCUGCUUUUUGGGUUCCUGCUUUCCAAAGAAAUUAUCUCAUCCCUCUGCAGAUGUCUGUAACGUAAACCAUCAGAACAAGGCCGGCUAUACCCCCAUCAUGCUCGCCGCUCUCGCAGCUGUGGAAGCUGAGAAGGACAUGAGGAUAGUGGAGGAGCUGUUCAGCUGUGGGGACGUGAAUGCAAAAGCCAGUCAGGCUGGUCAGACUGCCCUGAUGCUUGCUGUGAGUCACGGGCGAAUUGAUAUGGUUAAAGCUUUGCUGGCCUGUGGUGCAGACGUCAAUAUCCAGGAUGAUGAGGGUUCUACAGCUCUGAUGUGUGCUAGCGAACAUGGACAUGUUGAAAUAGUCAAACUUUUGCUGGCUCAGCCUGGAUGUAAUGGCACCCUGGAGGACAAUGAUGGCAGCACAGCACUUUCAAUAGCCCUGGAAGCUGGGCAUAAAGACAUAGCGGUUCUCCUUUAUGCACACGUCAACUUUUCCAAGACCCAGUCACCGGGCACUCCUAGGCUUAGCAGAAAGACAUCUCCCGGUCCAACCCACAGAGCUGCAUUUGAGUAGUGCUGCACCAAUACCUGUAAAAAUCGCAAUGCCAUCUUUAAGCUGCUAAAUGUUACUGUUUUACUGAGACAGAUACUGAAUGUAAUUGUCUUGUGCCUGAACUCACCAGCAAAGUGAAAGCAGAGACCUAGUGCUAAAGAUAAAAAACCUUAAACUUGAAGCAAGCAUAUAGUUAGGUAGUACUCAUCUGAGCGCCUUAGCCAGAACUGUCCUUUUUGCUCACCUGCUCAUCUUUCCAUACACUGGCAUUAAUGCUGUUUUUCUUUUAGAUUGCCUUUCCCUAUGUUAUGUACUGCCUAAGAGGUCUAAAGCUAUCCUUGCAGGGGUGUCCCAGUGGCUUGUUUUAAAUCAUUCUCAAACAUUUGUAUUUACUGUGCCUAAGCCUCAUCACAGUAACCUUCUCAUAAAUUUCAUUCCAACACAACUUUGGUGUUUUUAAUUAUUUUGAAAUUGAGAAGUUGCAGUUGCUUAUAUAGUGAGCUCAGUGAAGCUUGAGCUGGUGGGUGACUGGAUUAGAUGUUGGGGAUAGAUCCUCUCGUGAGUUCAGAAGUUCACUAAGUAACUUGUUGCUAAUUGGGGAUAAUGUAUAACUUUUAUAUGAAAGAUAAUAUCUAUAAAAUUAACUCGCACAGUAUUUUCAACAUUUUAUAUUCCUUAGUAAUUAAAAACUACAUGAAGAAUUACAUGUCACGUUACCAUAUUUUUAUUAACUGUGUCAGUGUAUAAGCUCCAUUCAUGUUUAUUGGAGAGUAAAAUUAGAGGUACCAGCUGUAUAUUCCCCAUGAGUGGAAAUGAGUGUAGUUCUCGGUGCAUAUUUAUGGAAUGCUACUACCUUGUCACAUUCACUUUAGUCAUGUGUAUUUAAAUGUUUGAAGUGCCUUAGACUCUUGCCAUAUUUUCAGAAUAAAACUUCAUUAUGCUGUUUUAUUCCU